AUUUAGAAGUCAAUAUCUACUCCAAUAUUCAAGAUACCUAUACCAUUUUAUGUAGUCGUAGUAAGUAAUUUAGAAUAAGUUUCGGUGAAAAGUUUUAUCAAUUAUACUCUUUAAAUUUGGAGUGUACUCUUAUCAUUGAAGCCUUUUAGUUAGAUUUGUAGUUCAGUAUUGGUGAAAUUAUGUGCAUUUGCCCGUAGUUACUAUAGUUGUGUUGACAUAUGAGGUGUUUGUGUGUUGUUUUAGUUGGGGUUUUGUUGUUAUUAGUAUAGUAAUGGCUUUAGGGGGGUCUACGUAUUUGCAAGAUGCAACUAUGUUGGAGCAACUGCUCGAAGAAAUUAAUUUUCAGAGAACAAAAGAGAUGCGGCAGCUCAUGAAGGAUGAGUCGGGCUUUGUGGUGCUGCAAGGAACUACAUACUGGACAGACUUGUUUGUCAGGCAUUUCCUGUUCCAAGAAGAACAAGCUAUUGACUGCGACGACCUUCUCUUUUUUGUGAGGAAGAGACAUGUUAAGGGGUCUUCACGGUAUUUGCCUAAAUAUGAGACGGAUGUCGAGGUGUUCCGCAAGGACUCGAAGAAACUGCCCAUCGGAGAUCCGGAGAUCGACUGGGAAGAAACCGUCUACCUCAACCUGAUCGUGCACCAGUUCGACUACACGCUCACGUUGGCGAUCUGCACGCGCACCAGCCCGAAGGAGCUGCAGGUGCUGAAGCGUCAUUCGCAAAAGGUGUACGCGUCGCCCAGCCGGCGAAAGAUGGACACGAAGGGCGAGGGCGAGGAGAUGACCUAUCCGCACAUCUGCUUCAUGGUCGACAACUUUGACGAGGUAUUCUGCGACAUGGUGGUGCGGGACGGCGAGAUGGUAUGCGUGGAGCUGGUAGCGCGCGGGCGAGGCGCUGCCGCUUGCGCCGUCAUCUUUCUCGGCUCCAUACGGUACGACGCGCUCACCGGGGUCUACGAUGCUAGGCGCGGCGGCCGUGACUUUGUCCGUGCACUGAUGCCUGCCGCGGCCGCUGAGCGACACACUGCAAGACAAGCGCAAGCAGCUGACUGUCGAGCGCGGCGCAACUAACGUGGUCUCGGCUACAUCUCAGCAUUGUAAGGUUUUGGGCGCAGAGUACCUAUAGUUUUUGGUGUUUUCAACUUAAUUUAUCAACGUAAUUAUUAUGAGUUCCUGAAUAAUUACUAAAAUUAAGAUACAACAAACUUUUAUUAAAAAAAAAUAACGUUAUAAUGAUACGUAAUAAAAGGAUUGCGCGAUGUUACCACGAUACAGUUGUGCCGAGAAAAGGAAACCAGUUUCCUAUUAAAAUAGUUCUGAAGUUAGUCCACCAACGCACCGUUGUAGGGCUGUACUCAGCCAAUGGCGGGUGCGGAGUGCGGAGUGCGGCCACGGCCGGCGUAUAGUGGGGACGGCGAGUUGGCGAGUGCGUGCGCACUGAGCUUGUGCGUGCGGCGGCGGUGCGCUCGCACUCGGACGUCAGCUAUACAUGCUAAUUAGACGACAUUCCAACAUUAUAGUCAUUGUACAAAUCUAUUCAACGGAAAUAUUUGUUUAAUUUACUUUUGAAUAUUUCAUCACAAUUACAAAAACGUUCUACGUACUUUUUAUUAAAUAAUGUAACCCGAUUGUGGUAUAUAUAAUAGAUUUCCUGUACUAGACUAAUAUGUCCGUCUCAUGUUUACUACACUGUCAUUAUUUAUUUAAUUAUUCUAGGAUGUUAUGAAGGAGGAAAUUACGCCUAUAAUUAUAACUUCCUGUACCCAUGUAACAUUUAUAAUAGUUGUUAAAGUUAAGAAGUUGAACGCUAAAGUUAUGGAACGUCGAAAAACCCAAAUAUAAUGUACUCAACAUUUUCUUAUCUUCAAAAUACA